AUGGAUAACAUAAUCAAUAAUAUAGAUGAAUCCACCAUUUCAAAAAUACGCUCAACUAUCAAAAACUUCGACGAUUUAUUUGAAGAAUUUGAAGCUGAAGCGUCUCUAACCUAUCCAAAUCCUCCAUCAUCAUUGUCAGAUGGUAGUGCUGAAAGUACAGUCGGAUUUUCACCAGAUCAUUAUCGAAAUCCUGACAGUCAAAAUGACUCUACCAUGAUUUCACAAGCUGCUGCUUUCUCACCAGGAACAGGUAAACAGUCUAACCGUUCUGAAAUUAUUGCAGGGCUUUGUUGUACAUCUACAAUACUGUCUCGCAAGGAUAAUAUAAAAGAAGGACGUCAAACUCCUCUCACGACACAAAUUACGAAUUAUACUGAUUCAGCAGCUCAUGUCCGUUUAGGAGAUAAUAAUGGCCCGUUGAAUGGCUUUACUUUGAAUAGUGCGUCUUCUACUGAUCGACUUUAUAGUAGUACGAAUAGUUCUCCAUCACAAUCUGCAUCAUAUUCAUCACAGUCAUCGAAUGAUCAUUCACCAUCAAUAACUCAAUCAGACGAAUGCCUUCGAAUUUUAGUACAACCAAAAGCAAAAUAUCGUGAUCGAUAUUGGAGUGAAACAGAUGAAACUAAAAAUAGAGCACAACGUUUUAUUCGUGCUGAUGGUGAUGAUGAAACUAAACAACAUGAAUAUCCAACUAUUGAAAUUCCUCCAAAAUGGUGCGAUCCAAACCGAAAUCUAUAUAUUCGAGUUACUCUUGUCACUGUUCCAUCAGAUAGAGCACCUAAAGUUUGUAUACAUCCGUAUGCAAUUGAUUCAAAAGAAAAUGGUGUUCGUCACGGAUCACACGAUAAUUCACUUUAUUUUCCAAUAACUACUGAAGAAAAGCAUCGUGGUCAAAAAAGUUUUCGUAUGAGUCGGAAGAAAAAGACUCAACCUGAACUAAAAUCUUAUGGACCUUUACGUUUAUAUGAUUCGAAUCAACAUGAUAUUCCAAGAAUUUCAAACGUACAUGAUGCUAAACAAAUUAUCAAGGUAUAUGAAUUAUGGAAAUCUCAACUUAUUUUUACUGUGGCUGAACUCGCAUGUAGUAAUCAAUUACUUAAUCCAGAAUAUUAUACAUCAGUAAUGUAUUCGACAUCAGUAAAAUCUCAAGUAAUGUGUGAUGUAGCUAGUAGACAAGAAAGAUUACCAUCAGUGAAUGAUUCAAUAUUUACAACUAUAUUGGAUAAUGAAAUAGUUAGAUGUGUACCAAGAAAAGGAGAUUGGGAUGGUGGAGAUGAAAUAUUAAUGACAAUACCUAAAAUUGAUAGACACAAAGGAUUUAAUGUUUAUUUUGAUUAUCAUUCAAAUGGAAUAGUGGAUAUACAAGUAACCUUUGUUGAUUCAAAAACAAUUUUUUUUCAAACACCACCAUGUAAAAAUCCUGAAUUUCGGGAAAAUUCAAUAGUCCCACUAAUUGUUAUACAAGGUGAUUUUAUACUUGCUCGUAUUGAUUUUGUAUAUAAGAAACGACGAUGUUCAUUAGCGGAUGGUAUGGAUACUGAUGGGGUUGAAUCAUUGAUUUCACCGAUGACUCGAUUGACAACAGAAGAAAAACCUAUUAAGUCAAAUCAUCAGUCGAACAAUGAAGGCAAAGGUUCAGAAUUUGAUAAAUAUCUUGGUCAGUUACAAGUGGCAGCUGUUGAAUUUCUUCGUACGAAUGAUCCAUCAAAAAUAUUUCGUCGAACACGUCUUUUAAUUGGUAAAUGUACCGAAAAUCCUCCACCAUUACACGAUGCUAUACAACAUAAUCAUAUUAACUUAGCAUUAAAACUUAUUGAACAAACUGUUGAUAUGCCAUCUUCAUCAAAUAAUUUACUUGAACGUGAAGAUAAUGAUGGUGUUUCACCAUUAUUGUUUGCAGCUAAAUUUAAUCAAUGGACUUUAAUUGAAGCUAUUCUUAAGAAACGUUUAGAUUUGAUUGAAAAAACUGAUAAGUCUGAUAAUAAUAUUCUACAUCUACUUGCAAAUAUAUCGGAAGAUAAAGCUACUGAAACAAUCAAGAAUAUUUUUGUAUUAUUAUCAAAUGAUACAAAAACAAAACUUUUAGAAAAGAAAAAUAAUAAUAAUGAAACACCAAUGGAAAUUGCUCAAGCGAAUAAUAAUAAUCUUUGUGUUGAUCUUUUUAAAACAUCUUAA